UUUGGGGUGGAAACUGGACGGUUCGGAAAUUGAUUGAACGGUAAUAUCGCCAAAAGAAUUCAACUCUUCUGAACCAAGGAUGAGUAAAUCACCUGGAAGUGUCGUAUCGUCGGAUGAAACCCAAAGUGUUAGUGAUGAAUCGUUGGUAGUGUCGGCUGCAAACUCCCACACCUCGCUCAGAUCGAUUGGCAUCGUUAAGGGAGCUAGGAAAUCUUCCAAGGACGUGGAACAAAUCACAACCUCCGCUACACAGAAAGAGCGACCACCAUGGCGUCCGGCCAGUUUGACCGCAGUUCCGGUACCUCCACCUCCAAAACCCGACAUCAAGGCACGAUUUCUUGAGGCUUCCAAGCGAAUGCGACGAGUCAAUGCGACGGUGCAAACGGAUCCAGUGCAUACGAUACUAAUGAAGGAGGCAUCCACCGACGAGCAAACAGAUCUGAUUGCGAUGGUAGAUGAGGAAAUUCUUACCGAUGGCAAUCUGGUGAUGCGCGAGAUUGGAAAUUUAAUCCUCACUCAUUCGGUGGCUCAAAUGACGGAAGGUGUGGAAACAUGUGAUAGUGGUACUCAGACCGCGAUUCCGCGCAGUGGUAUCUCGUUUCGCAAAUUCCUGGACCCGCUGACCGGCGGCGAACAGCAGCAAGUACCAUCACAAGGAACAGCAACAGUUGGGCCAUUGCCGCUUCUAUCGAAUGUUCGACCGAAACCGCUUGAUUCAGAUGUGCUGGACGAAUCCGAAGCAGCCGGAGAGGAGGAACCGCUCAUGAAAAGCUUUUUCAUAGCAUCAUCGGCAGCCGAUGAUUCUAGUCCCAUUACGGGUGAUACGGCACCGGGGGAGCUCGUAUGCUCGUCACAUGGCAGUAGCGAUAGUGUUAAGGACGCAAACACGCCGGAUCUGAUCAGUGCCACGGUCGAAGGUGAUCCAUCGCCUCAUCGAGGUCAACUGCUGGAAACACCCACCUUUGCCGCGUGGCAUGAUUUGGACUUUUCCGAUGACGACUCGGAACAGUACGUGGGGCGUGAGCUACCGCGUCGCUCGAUCGGCGAAGGCGAACGGCCAUGGGCCGAAUUUAAGGAUCUCGUCAUAGGCUCACGUGUUGCCAAUAUGCGACUCUCACCAAUUCCACCUAGGCGACCUCGUGCACCGCACCAGAAAACUGUUACCUGGAGCGAUCGGCAACAUCGGGCUGUCUCACGAUUGCUAGAUGAAGCAUCCGCCCUGGUCGAUAUGUUUGAUCACGUGUCGCUUCUGCUUGGGCCUGAUAUAGAGCUGCACAAGCUACCUCCGCAGCAGGAGUUUAGCUUACCACCACCCAAGUGGGAACCGCUGCUAGUAAAAUCCUGCGAUCUGCUCGAGGAGAAACUAGCCCAGGUGCGUCCCCUAUCGUUGAGCGAUUUGGGUACGAGUAAGUCAGGGUCCAACGCAUCAUCGUGCCCUUCCCCUAUGCUCUGUGACCUCGGACCAGAAAAGAUCUAAACAAGGCGCUUUUUGUGGAGAGGAUCUACGUUUUAUUUUGUUUGACGAUUCAGAUCUACCAAAGAUCUAGCAUUGAUACAGCAGCAACGAAGGACGUAAACCACAACACUCUCUGCAUCGCAGGUAGAGAGGCCGCAG